GUCAUCGGCGCGCGACGGCGCCGGGGACGCGGCGCCCUUCGGCGGGGCCGGCGCCAUGGGCGGCUUCGGCGCGGACGAGAAGCUGCGGCUGCAGCAGCUCCGCGCGCUGCGGCGCCGCUGGCUGCGGGACCAGGAGCUCAGCGAGCGGGAGCCCGUCCUGCCCCGGCGGCGGCUGGGGCCCGUGGCCGCCUUCUGGGAGCGCUUCCUGCGGCCCGGCGGCCCGUGGCGGCGCCAGGUGUUCGGCGCGUACCGAGGCAGCAUCUUCGCCGUGACGCGGGUCCUGGUGCCGGGCUGGGCCGUGCUCUACUACGUCAAGUACCACGUUAUGAAAACGCCGUAUGGUGUGGUUGAAUCAAAUCCGCGGAUAUUUCCGGGGGACAGAAUUCUAGAGACAGGAGAAAUUUUUCCACCCCUGAAAGAAGAACCUGGUGGUCACCACUGAUGGUUAAAUGCUGACGUCCUUCUUCAUCAAGCAAGGUGGUAACUGCAGCUGCUUUGUCUGUUGUAUAAAUGACUCUUUAUUCUGUA